AUCUUCACCAACGUCGACGACCUGCGACUGCCGCGUAUCGCUCUUUCACAUGCGGCAGCCAGUAGCUCAAGCGCUUGACUUACGAUUUCCCUGGUUCCAGCCUUUCUCGCUGUGCCGUGACACGGACGAAGUCGCGGAACGAGGACGCGCGUCGCACACGACAAUUGCAAGCGGAAACCUGCGUUGAGUCCAGUCCAGGUCCUGGCCAGCAGCCGUCUUCUCGAGCAUUAACCCAAGGCCGUGCAAUCAGCCAUUCUUGUCGCGGGCGACAGAAUCACCCGCUUCAAGCUGAGAUCAACCUUUACAACACACUGCUCAAACCCCCCACCAGCACGCAAGAUGCGCCUCUCACGAGCCAACAACACCUUCUGGCUCCUAUGGCUCUCCUUUGCCAUGUGGUGCUGGCUCAACUCUGCCGACGACCCAUCCUCGCCCUUCUUCAGCCCAAAGCGAGCCUUCCGGCGCGCCCACUCGCUCGUUCGCCAGUCGGAGGCGGCCUUGUUCAUCGAGCGCCUCCUCGCCUCGCGCGUGUCCAGCGAGGCUAGCCUGGCGCACGAGACCGAGCGGCUCUGCGUGGGCAUCCCCAGCGUGCACCGUCCCCACUCGACGCCUCUGCUCCACACGCUCGGGACGCUGAGCGACAACCUGUCGGCCAAGGAGCGAGGCAACAUACACAUUGUCGUGCUGCUGGCGGACAGGAGCCCCAGGACGCACCCUGCCUAUGGAGAACCCUGGCUGACGCACUUGGCCGACGAUGUCAUGGUCUACGAGAAUCACGACGACAAAGACGCGCACGGCAAGCACGAGCCGGACUCGGCGUAUCGUGUCAUACCGUAUGACGUGCGCAGGAAGGGCAGAGGAUGGACCCGAGGCGAGACGAUCCAGCUGGAUCAUUCGGUGCUGAUCGAGGCAUGUAGGCAGCAUGGCUCGCCCUACUUUGCCCUCAUGCAGGACGACGUAAUCGCCUCGAGGGACUGGUACCAGCGUGCGAUGAACGGCAUUGACGAGGUCGAGCAGCGCUCCGCGGAGAGCAAGCAGGAUUGGCUGUACCUACGCCUGUUUUACUCCGAGAUGCUGAUGGGCUGGAACAGUGAGGAGGUGCCCGAGUACCUGAGGAAGAUUGGCACCGCAUAUGGCAUACUGGCCGUGUUGGUGAUGGUCGCGUGGGCUUUCCGACGACGGCCCAGCUGGCACUCAAAGCUGGGCAUCGGCUCCCCGGCGCCUCACAGCUUCGGCCACACGGCCGCGCUGAUUCUUGGACUCUGGGCGCCCGCGGCCACUGUGCUCGUCUUCUUGACCGGGCGCGUCACGCUACAUCGGAUCAUGACACCGCCCCAGGUACGCGAGAUGCCUCAGUACGGCUGCUGCGCUCAGGGACUCGUGUUUCCACUCAGACACCUGGAGGGCCUGCAAGGGGUGUUACGCGAGCCACCGUAUCGGUUCCCGGCGGACAUGAUGAUCGAUGUCUUUGGCGACGAGAGGGGCUUGACCAAGUGGGCGUUGGACCCGAGUGUACUGCAGCACGUGGGGAUGCUGGAAUCUUCCGAUCGAGGGAAGAGGGUGGAGGUGUGGAACUUUAGCUUUGAGAGGCAGAAAUGAGGCAUCAUGGGGUGAACGCUUUAUAAGAGUGCACAGACAGAUAUCACGGUUCUAGGAGUCUGGCGCUG